AUGUGGGUUAGGACGACACUGAGGAUUGAAAGGUGGACUAAGGAAAAAACUGAGGACGAUGCCAGCUGGUGGGACGAGAGCAGCACCGGUCGAGGGGAGCGCCUCAGCUGGCCAGACUGGGAGGAUUCUGUACAAAUGAGCAUCACCUAUAUAAACAGGUUACCCAGCUGGGGGAGAGGACAUCUGCUGGGUGGUGUGGCGUCCAGCACUGACGCAUCUACCUUCUCCUCUGAAGGUGAAUUCAAGGACACUGACAGGUGCUGCUGGAAACACAGAAAGUGCACCAGGCACAUCAUCCAUCCCUUCACCUCUGACUAUGGCCACCACGACGUGCACCUGCACUCUAUCAGCCACUGUGACUGUGAUUCUAGGCUGAAGGACUGCUCAGAGAAGACAUAUAGCAGUUCCAGAGAUGUGGGCCUAACCUGCUCCCAAGAUGUGGACUCGGCCUGUUUCAACAUCAUCCAGUGCCCAUGCUUUGAGCUCAUCCCAGAGGGAGAGUGUGUGGAGCGGUUCUGCUGUGGCUGGUGCAAAAGCUACAGGCCUGUCUCUGUGGCAGUGAUCCACCAUCCCAUCCACUGUGAGUGCGGGGCAGAUGACCUAAACCAAGAAGAGGAAGAGGAGGAGGAGGAGGAGGAAGAGGAGGAGGAGGAGGAAGAAAGCAAGCCUCCCAUCCCGACCCAGGUGGGGCCCCCUGCCCUCCCCACCAACACAGGCAUGGGCAUGGUCACAGGUACCCCUGACUUAGCAGCUCCCAUCACCAUCUGGCGUUCCGAAAGCCCCGCGGGGAAGUCCCAGGGCAAUAAGGUGAUCAGGAAGAUAAAGAAGAAAAAGGAAAAAGAGAAAGACAAGGAGGAGGAGAAGGACGAAAAAGCAAAGGUGAAGAAAAAAGUCAAGAAGGGCAAGUUGACUAAGAAGAAAAGCCCAGUUAAAUCAGAAUCACCUCCAGACUUAAGCCGAUCGUUAAGCCCAAGAGAGUUGGCCAGGAUGUCAGAGUCCAGCCCAGACAGCCGGCGAGAUCUGGAGAGUGAGGACAGUUACAAUGACCCUGGGUGGGAGGAACCCUCCAGUGAGGAUAUUGUGGAGUCUUUAUCACCCAGGAAGAGAGAGAAGAACGGGGUCCAGGCCAAGAAGCCCAGGAUGAAGACCUCGUCAGUCAAGAAGGUCAACAAGAGGAAAUCUCCCCCAGCAUCAAACCCCAAUCUCAGUUGA